AUGACAGAUUCAACUAGCACACUUGCACGAUCGCAGGACACAAGUUAUAUCGUUAGCAAGAAUGGCGCGGAUCAACUUGUGAACAUACUUCAACGUCGCCCGGACGGACAAGUGUAUGUCCACUAUGAUGGGUUUGAUAAACGCCUGGACGAAUGGAUUCCAGGGGCUAGCCUCAAACCUGCCAACGAAUCCUCACGCAAAAGGAGGAGGGACACUCCUUCGCCUACGCCCACAGAGCCAGAAACCCAGCCCGAUCCCCUCAUGACCGAGGAAGAGUUUGACAUCAAACAUCACAAGCAGAUCACUGCGCAAAGAAACUUUGACAAGGUCAAUUUUGGGCAAUGGCGGAUCAAGACCUGGUAUUUCUCACCUUAUCCACUGACAGACUCAGAGCUUGAAGAUAGCACCGGACUACCUGGAGGCUCAGGUUCGACGUCCAAAAUUCCUGGUGUCAACAGAACGACCGUUCGAUCACAUGGGCGCACCUCUGACCUCUUGGCCGGCGGGCUUACUCGCUCACACCUCUCUGGUGAAAAGAGCAUAUUAUGGGUCUGUGAUCGUUGUUUCAAGUACAUGGCUGAGGGUGCAGCAUGGGAGAUGCAUAUAAAACAAUGCGAUAGAAGGCAUCCACCAGGACGAAAGGUUUAUCAGCGAGGUGCGCACAUAAUUUGGGAGGUUGACGGCGCCAAGGAUAAACUCUACUGCCAAAACCUCUCCCUGUUUGGGAAAUUGUUCAUCGACGUUAAAACUUUGUUCUUUGAUUGUGACAACUUCUUGUUCUAUAUCCUUACAGACGCGGAUUCGCAACGAGAUCAUGUUCUCGGAUUCUUUUCGAAGGAGAAAAUAUCUUACGAUGACUAUAAUCUCGCGUGUAUCAUUGUUCUCCCUCCAUAUCAGCGCAAGGGCUAUGGAAUGCUCAUGAUCGAAUUCAGCUACGAAGUAUCUCGCCGUGCUGGUAAAAUCGGCACACCCGAACGACCCCUCUCAGACCUGGGCUUAAGAAGCUACCUUACAUACUGGGUAGCUACGCUCAUUCGCUUCUUCAGACGACUUCUGUCAGUCCUCCCACCAGAUCGGCUCACAGUUACAUCCUCAGGACGGCUGCCUGACCUAAGUGAUGUGCUACCUCCGCCCUCGGAGGAUGCUAAUUCGCGAAAAAAGCGGGCGAAAGGAUGGGAUGGGGAAACGCCUGAUUCAAAUUCCACAUUUGCAUCACCAAACGGGCUGGAUGGUGAGUGCCCACCUGUGUCUACAUGUGAUUCCGUCCAGCACUCAACAUAUCUGUAUGUGAAUCUAGACACUAUUGCAGCAAUGCGCACCGUGCUAACAACUUCCAAUCCUGACGGCAGCGCGACCUCGCACGUCGUUGUGCGAUCUACCCUUGCAGAAAUCGCAUCAGCCACGAAUCUACGCAUCGAGGAUGCUGCGUUCGCGUUGAACGAAUGUGGGCUUUUGGGGAGCACAUUGGAUGGGGUAGUGGGGAUUACAAGAGAGAUGGUGGAGGCAGUGGCCAAAGAGAGGAAUGUAAAGAGAAUGUGUUUGGAUCCUGCCCAUGUCAUGUUGACGUGA